GGAGAGCCUGUGGCUGGGUCAGCCGUGCGCCGUCACGCCUCCCUCCCCCGCAUCUGACUCGCGCUAGAACGCACAGCCUCACACCUCACGAUCCAACGCCUUCAUUUCCCCUCCGUCACUCCCUCAUCUCCCCACCAAGCUCCCUCUCCCUAAAAAUCUCUAGGGCCCUUUCCACUUUUCCAAUCUCCAGACUGCGAAGAUCCUGGCGACUUCCCCAUUUAACCUCGGCGACCAGCAACAGCCGCGUCCCUAUGCCCUGACUCGAACACACGCACGGGCACUGGCACACGCAGACAGCACGUUUCCUGUCCCUGUGUGACACCCACCCUCGUCGCGCGGACGCGCCAGUCCCCGCACGUUGCCCUCCUCCUGCCACACACAUACACACACUCACACACGCACGCACGCGCGUGCAGGGUCGAGCCGAAGGCAGCUCUCCGGCAGCCACUCGGCAGGCGACUGGCGCCAGUCUUGCAGAAGCCAUGGCCUCUCCCGGCUCUGGCUUUUGGUCCUUCGGAUCUGAAGAUGGCUCCGGGGAUCCUGAGAACCCGGGUACAGCGAGAGCUUGGUGCCAGGUAGCUCAAAAGUUCACCGGCGGCAUCGGAAACAAGCUGUGCGCUCUGCUCUAUGGAGACUCUGAGAAGCCAGCGGAGAAUGGCGGGAGCGUGGCCCCGCGGGCCGCCACCCGGAAGGUCGCCUGCACCUGCGACCAAAAACCCUGCAGCUGCCCCAAAGCGGAUGUCAACUACGCGUUUCUGCACGCAACAGACCUGCUGCCAGCGUGUGAUGGAGAGAGGCCGACUCUGGCAUUCCUGCAAGAUGUUAUGAACAUUUUGCUUCAGUAUGUGGUGAAAAGUUUUGAUAGAUCAACUAAAGUGAUUGAUUUCCACUAUCCCAACGAGCUUCUUCAAGAGUAUAAUUGGGAAUUAGCAGACCAACCACAAAAUUUGGAGGAAAUUUUGACGCAUUGCCAAACAACUCUAAAAUAUGCAAUUAAAACAGGGCAUCCCCGAUAUUUUAAUCAGCUGUCUACUGGAUUGGAUAUGGUUGGGUUAGCAGCAGACUGGCUGACAUCAACAGCAAACACUAACAUGUUCACCUAUGAGAUUGCUCCUGUAUUUGUGCUGUUAGAAUACGUCACACUAAAGAAAAUGAGAGAGAUCAUUGGCUGGCCAGGGGGUUCUGGAGAUGGAAUAUUUUCUCCUGGUGGCGCCAUCUCCAACAUGUAUGCCAUGCUUAUUGCCCGCUAUAAGAUGUUUCCAGAAGUCAAGGAGAAAGGAAUGGCUGCAGUGCCCAGGCUCAUCGCCUUCACAUCAGAGCACAGUCACUUUUCUCUCAAGAAGGGAGCUGCAGCCUUAGGAAUCGGGACAGACAGCGUGAUUCUGAUUAAAUGUGAUGAGAGAGGGAAAAUGAUCCCAUCUGAUCUUGAAAGAAGAAUCCUUGAAGUCAAACAGAAAGGAUUUGUUCCUUUCCUUGUGAGCGCCACAGCUGGAACCACUGUGUAUGGGGCUUUUGAUCCCCUCUUGGCUGUUGCUGACAUUUGCAAAAAGUAUAAGAUCUGGAUGCACGUGGAUGCAGCUUGGGGUGGAGGAUUACUGAUGUCCCGGAAGCACAAGUGGAAACUGAGCGGGGUGGAGAGGGCCAACUCUGUGACCUGGAAUCCACACAAGAUGAUGGGUGUCCCUUUGCAGUGCUCAGCUCUCCUGGUUAGAGAAGAGGGACUGAUGCAGAGCUGCAACCAGAUGCAUGCUUCCUACCUCUUUCAGCAAGAUAAACACUACGACCUGUCCUAUGACACUGGAGACAAGGCCUUGCAGUGUGGACGCCACGUGGAUGUCUUUAAAUUAUGGCUCAUGUGGAGAGCAAAGGGGACUACUGGGUUUGAAGCACAUAUUGAUAAGUGUUUGGAGCUGGCAGAGUAUUUAUACAAUAUCAUAAAAAACCGGGAAGGCUAUGAAAUGGUGUUUGAUGGGAAGCCUCAGCACACAAAUGUGUGUUUCUGGUUCGUGCCUCCCAGUCUGCGUGUUCUGGAAGACAACGAAGAGAGAAUGAGCCGCCUCUCUAAGGUGGCGCCAGUGAUUAAAGCCAGAAUGAUGGAGUACGGGACCACGAUGGUCAGCUACCAACCCCUGGGAGACAAGGUCAACUUCUUCCGCAUGGUCAUCUCCAACCCUGCAGCAACUCACCAAGACAUUGACUUCCUCAUCGAAGAAAUCGAACGCCUGGGGCAGGAUUUGUAAUCACCUCACUCAUCAAACUGUUGGAAUUCUCUAGGUAGACAGUUAAGUUGUUCCAAAUUGUGUAAAUGUAUUUGUAGUCGUUCCAAAGUAAAACUAUUUCUAUAUUGUGGUGUCACAGUAGAGUACAGUUUAAAAAAUCAAAACAACAAACAAACAAAAAAAGAAACAUCAUUCCUUUUAAAAGUCCUUUCUUAAGUUUAGAAUACUUCUGUAACAAUUAGUGACAACAGGCUAUGUUCUAAUCAGUAAGAGAAAGCAUAAAGUUGAUAUAAGUACUUCCCUUUUAAUAUAGUAUGCCAAUCCACCUUUAUUUUCACUUCAGAGCAGUAGUACUGAAUAGUGCCAAAUCACCCUUGAAUCAUAAAAGGUUCUCUGGGGUGCCGUGAAAAGGACAAAGUAAAUAGAAAAUGUACGCUGACAAUAAAAACUCUUGCCUUUUUCAUAGUAUUAGAAAAAAAUUUCUAAUUUACCUAGAGCAACACUUCAAAUGUAUUUAAAUACAUAUAAUUUUACAAAAAGAAAAAAUAUAUAUAUUAAAAGAAAUCCUAUUUUGUAACAUAUAGAUUUUAUUUUAUAUGUGUUAUACAAACUGCAGGGGCAGAUAUGAAACCUAAGCCAGAUUUAUUUCCUUAUUUUUUUUCUUUCUCUCUUUUCAUGGAGGCACAAUAAAACACUUUAUCAAGGUAAUUUUAACAUAGAAACUCACAAAAGUAUUUAAAAGUGUAAUAACUUACUUUAGAAUGUAUUAUGGCUUAUCAUCUCCCUAAAGAUAGUAUUCCAAAACAAACAGACACAUAAAAAGGAAACUUCUAAAAAACAAUUGAUCAGAUCAACAAUUAAAACUCUCUUCCUGUUUAGACUUUACAUGAGUUGACCCUGGAAGACCCACUUUAUAAGCCCUGCUUGGUCCCAGAUCCGGGCAAGUAUUCUGUUCUGCUUUCCUGUGUAGCCCGCUUUGAACAGAAGGUUGAUAUUUGUUCUUGAAGUGUCCUUUCAAACCAUAUUCUUUUAUUAGAUCAUUUGGAUUAAUUAGAAAAAAAAACCUAAAAAUAAAACCUAAUCAGCCCUAGCAAAGAGGGGUAUAGCACACAUUCCUGAAUGAUGAACUCAGAAUGUUAAACCCAGCCGUAGGAGACCUCUGUGUGACAAAAAUGACUUCGUCCCAAAUGCCAUUCUGCUGCUUUCUGAGGGAAGGGUCGUCUGCAUCUUGUAUACUCUCUUAUUCAAAUUCCUUCUUUACCCUACACUCAAGUCUCUCCUGCUAGAUUCCCUACCUCCAGAUCCUCAGUAGCGAAUUAAUAUCCCGUAUGGCUAUUUUCCUUUCCUGAAAUUAGUUUCUUGUUCAUGCCUUUCAAGAUAGCCUAAGAUCCUUUACCUGCCUCCCAUCAAGAUCCACAGUGACCAGAAUAUGCACAGAUCACAAAAACUCAAAAUAAUAUUUUAAAAGUAAGUUUCUUUCCCUGUCAACUGUAUGGAGAGCUAUCCACAGCUCCCAUGAUAACUUUAGAGUCACGUAGAAACAGACCUGUGUGCUGGUAGAACUGCAGCCUUUUACACACAAAUGGAAAUGUACAGGUCCAGAUGCAUUCUCCUACUCCAUAGCGACAGGCAUUUCAAAACGCAGAAAGACUCCAGGAACAAAGAAAGAAGGCCAUGUCCUUAACUAUCACAAAUGUGCAUGACUUUGACCCAGACCUUAUUUGAUCAGGCUAUGUGAAAACAUACUGGUCCUAGGUAUGAGUGUGGCUUUAGGCCCUUGCUGUCUAGAAAGCCAAUGGAUUCCCCGGAGCACUGAAAAGAAAACUCCCUGUGAAGCAGAGCUGCAUGAGAGAAGAGCCUCCCAUUUUAGGUACUCUCUAGUGGGCGAGCAUGCCUUUCCUUUCAAGAAAAUGGCCGCAGAGAGUAAACCAGCAGCUGUCCAUUCGUCUUGAGCCUCAGGCCCAAAGAGUUCAUUUCACAGGAAGAGACACUCAUUUAUCAAACCCACUGUCCCACUUAGAGAAGGCAGUAGGGCCUAGUGUCCUGACAGACAGAAAGCUUAGCCCUUGGGGGACAGGCUUGGUAGCACAAGCUAGCUUCUAGUUUGAUGAGACGGCACGCUUGAAAAAGAGCUUGUGUCCAUGUAUGAGAUUCCAGCAAAAUGCUUUUUACUGGAAUGAAAUCUCCUAUCCCCUUCUUCUACGGAUUCCCCCUCAAAUUUUCUAGGAGCCUAGAUGUGGAAAUCUCUUCCCACUGUAUCCUAGAGAAGGAGGCAAAUGCAAACUUCAUAGAUCCCAAUACCUUAAUUAGAUCUGCCAUCCACUUGAGAGAGAAGGAGGGAAGAUGGGAAGAAAGAAUAAUGGGGGGAGAUUGUAUUGAACAUUGGUCCAAAUUCCCAGUGCCAAAAGUCUAUCUGUGACCUUUUUUUUUUCCUUUAAAAGCAUUGGUUUCAGCUUUAAUCAGAAUUGAUAUGGCCAUUUUUAUUUACACAGCAAUAUUUCAUUUAUUAUUUAAAUACUUGAAAAAAGUGCAGUGUGUGUUUAUCUGAGAUCUCUAAGUGGUAUAGAGUUCAUGUACUGUCAGAGGAUUUGAGAAAAGAAAAAUCGUGUGUGUGUGUGUGUGUGUGUGUGUGUGUGUGUGUGUGUGUGUUACCUUUAGUACAUUGUAAGUACUGUCUUGUCACCUCAGAUUGGGGUUGUGCACUUUAUAUUGAAUUGCGUGGUGUUGCAAAUCAACCUGUGUUGCUGUAAAAGCUUGCACAAUUAUCAGUGUGUCCUCUUCUUUGUGGUAGCUGUAUUGAAUGUUGAACUUUGAGACUGUGAGAACUACGCUUGCAUUGGCUCCUGUCCUCACCUCUCUGCUCCCUCACCCUCUCACCCUAUCCCAAGCUGUGUGCCCUCUGCAUCAGCUCUUAUAGAGAGCAUAACCUCAGCUAAGCCCCACCCUAGGAAAUCUCUUUGAGAAUUGUGUGAUUGCACACAAAAUGUAAAGUGAACACUGGUUCAUCUCUGAGGCUAGAGAAACCGAUUAUGGAGUGUCACAAGCUGCUGAUGCUGCAGGUGCUGACUCUGUGGGGACUCGGAGGAGGUGCUGCUCCUCAGAACAUGGACAAAGGAAGCACAGGUGUAAAUAUAGUAGCAGGAAAAAAAAUUCAAAGACCAUCAAACCAGGUAUCAUCUUGCACGUGCUUUUCUGUUUCCAAGUGCUAAAUGCAAACACUGUGUAUUAGUUUCGUGUGCCAAGAUCUUGUUACCAAAUGGUGUUUCUGAAUAAUGUCAACAUUUCCCCAGUACCCCUCCAUUACUAAGGACAGAAUAAAAAUAAAAAUAAAAUAUACAGACAUGUGGCAACCUGUUCUUCCUACCAAAUAUAAACUUGUGUAUCAUCAAAGUAUUUUACCUGUGUUUUCUCUCUAAACCCAAAUAAAUGUGUAAAUGUGGACAUA